UGCGCCUCCCUCGCACCCUACUCUUUCAAGAACGUACACAAACCCCGUAAAACCUAUACACGCCUCAAACACAACCCAGCUCAAUCACUUUCCGACCGACUGCCGUGCCCUUGCGCAACGUCCCCCACAAACCACCUCUAAUGACGACCAUCGAGAAUCUCAAGACCAUCGACCCCUUCGCGGAUGCGGACGAGGGCGACACCAACGACGCCGCUGCCACCAAGCAGAGCCAGAGCUACAUUCACAUCCGUAUCCAGCAGCGCAAUGGACGCAAGACUCUCACCACCAUCCAGGGCCUUCCCCGCCGCUUCGACCAGAAGAAGAUCCUCAAGGUGAUCAAGAAGAAGUUUGCGUGCAACGGUACCAUCGUUGAGGACUCGGAGAUGGGUGAUGUCAUCCAGCUUCAGGGCGACCAGCGUAAGGCUAUUCACGAAUUCCUCAUCGACAAGAAGGAGGGUCUGGAGAUGGAUGCCAAGGAUGAUCAAGGUCCACGGCUUCUGAGGAGCUCGCGCCUCAGAACACAUCUACCGCUCCUCCGCUCAAGUGCCGACUCCCCGCCCGAGCCUGGAGAUCUGUCAUCAGCGCGAUGCCAUCAGUUC